GUCACUUCCGCUUCACUCCUCCAAUACUUCCUGCAUGUGCCGGCAAUAUGGCAGCGCCCCUGAGCAUUCAUCUGGAGUUUGGCGGUGGAGCAGAGCUGCUGUUUGACGGUGUGAAGGAACAUCAUGUGACUCUUCCAAGCCAAUCAGAGCCAUGGGACGUGAAGCAGCUGCUGGUCUGGAUCCAACGGAACCUGCUGAAGGAACGGCCUGAGCUCUUUGUCCAAGGAGACUCUGUGAGACCUGGGAUUCUGGUGCUUAUCAAUGAUGCAGACUGGGAGCUAAUGGGGGAGCUGGAUUACCAACUACAAGACCAGGACAACGUGGUGUUUAUUUCCACCCUUCAUGGAGGAUAAAAAAAACAAACUGGUUUUAGGAAAAAUACACAUCUCUGUAACAGCCUUUCUCUUCACAUGCUCUUUCUUUCACCCCCCUCACAUCUUAAACACGUCACCCCAUUGGAUGCAGCCCGCACCGUGACAUCUAAGGUGAUUGGUGUUGGUCUGCAGGUAUGAGUGGAAAUUCAGAGAUGGUUACCGAGAAAAAUUUGGAUGGAAAAAACGGUGAGACAGGAAUUCUGUGGACGUCUGUGUAAAUACCAACAUUUUUUAUAUAUAAUACUGGACAGGGUUAAAGGGCAGACACACAAAGCACGGGUUGUAUUGGUCACCUCACAGGUGUGUGUUUGUGUAGGUGUGUGUUCAUAACUAUGGUUGGUGUGUAAACCUCCCUGCAUCCUCUAUUCCAGCAUGACUGUGAAAGUCUGCAUUACCUUAUCAGAGGGACAAUAAUGACCUUCAUAUCAUAAAAAUAUAAAAAAGCAGAGGUUACAUCCCCCCCGAUAAGCAUUUUAUUUGAACAUUUUGUAAAUAGUUCAAAACACACUCUUAAUUGGUUUAAGCAGAUAUAAAGACGUUAUGAGUCUCCAUCAUUUUAUCUGUCGAAUAUUAUAACUUUUCAUAAAGUAAAUUUGUCAGAUACAGAGAGUCCUGUCCAGUAGCCAGUUGCUGCUUCACAUGGUCACUGAAAUACACAUAGUAGUAUAAUGGUUGAUCAAAAAAAAAAAUGUCUGGCCAUUUUCCUUAAAAGUGUGUUAUAAACUUUGUACUAAAUAAUUAAUUGCUGCUUAUUAAUAUGAAUUAUGGAGUUAAAGUUUUCUUUUUACACUUCGUGAUUAAACAAAAUACAUUUUUAUUUAA